AUGGUAGUCUACUUAUUACGGGCCGAAACGUUACCGUCGGCGCGGAUUGUCCCUCGGCACAAGCCGAUAGUAAUUUUAGUGCUGAAGCCCUUCCCCUCACAUAUCGGAGAACCAUUCUCGCUUCGGCUGCAAGAUAAGCAUGUCGCCAUGCUUGGGGGGUGA